UUGUUGUUUUUAGCAGCUGGUGCUUUGAUUGAGGUUAUGUUCAAUUUGUUAUAGUUCUUGUUCCAACAAAUUACAGAAGAAACAUUAAUUGUGUGAGUCUUCCUGAGUGUUUUUUCGAAGCCUUGACCGAAAUUAUUUGCAGAAUGUCCCGCAAGACCAAGCGGAAACACGUUUUCAAAGAAGCACUAGACGAUGACAUGUCUUUACCAACUGAAAACCAAACCAUCGUCCGAAUAAUUAGCACCAAAGGCAACAACUUACACGAAGUUCUGGCACCAAACCAAUCCACUUAUUUGGUGUCCAUGCCAACAAAAUUCCGUAAAAAUAUAUGGGUGAAACGUGGCAGUUACGUCCUUGUUGAACCAAUCACCGAAGGCGAUAAAGUCAAAGCUGAAAUAGUGCGAAUAUUAACGAAUGAACACAUCAAAUGUUUGAAAGAAGACAACGUAUGGCCACCUGAAUUUUCUGACAAUAAAAAGGACCAAGAGGAUGAGAGUGAUUUGUUAGUGAAUAGAAACAGACUUGAAAUAGACGAAGAGUUAUCAUCGAGUGAUAGCGACAGUGAGGACAAUAAAUAAACACGAUCUUUGGUAACUUAUAUUUAGAAUAAAACAGUUUUUACAUCGCUUGA